AAUGUUUUCAUCAACUAUAAACAGAAUCAAUGGCGAUCUCCGGUAUAAUUUCACGGUCGUAUUGCGGCGCUGGAACUGAUGAGAUGUACGUGAUAUCUAGAAAAUUUACAGUAAUCUCAAGGUGGCAUCUUUCCUUCAAGUCUGGUUUAGAGAAUAAAGAGAAGAAGGAGAAUUCAGAGAUGUGAAAAAUGAAGACUAAGGUUUUUAUUUUAUUUUUUCUUUUUAUCGAUGUUUUGAGUCAAUGGGGUUUGGAUUAAAGAAGGAGAAUAUGGUUUGAUCUCUCAAGUUAAAAGGAAAGAAUUUAGAGGAAGCAUCAGAAAUUCUAAUGGCAGAUUUGAAUCGAUUGAAAUGGAAAGAAAGAAGAAAGGAUUCAGAAAUUAUGAUGGCAACACCAGAUGGAGAGGGAUUGAGGUAUGCAUGGGAGGGGAGUGUAAAGAAUCAGGAGCUGCAGAAUUAUUAGGAGUUUGAGAAAAGGGUUAGUGGAGUUGAAGGUGGUAGUGUUGCUGUUGUUGGUUGUAAGUGUAGAGAUGGUCCUAUUGUUAGGGUACUGAAUCAGUGCUAUGGGAAAAGACAAGAACAGUGGAGGAAAUUGGUGCUGUUAAUGCUCUUUUAGGAUUAAUCAUUUGUGUACUGGAGUUGGUUUAGAAUAUGGUUUCUAAGUAUAAAAGAUGUUGGGAACACCUCUCUGCACUGCAACAACUACUAUACAGGCUUAUUGGUUGCCAGCUUGAAGGAGGAGCAUAUCAUAACUAUCUUAUUCAGCAUGCAGUUGCUCUGGUACUACUCGCAGUUCCAGUCGGGUGGUUAAUGUGCAAUGGUUGUCCCCUAAACAUGGUUACUCAAAUUUGGAAUGUGGAAAAGACAUAUACAGUGGAGGAAAUUGGUUUUGUUAAGGCUCCUCCAGGCUUAAUCAUUUUUGUAUUGAAGUUGGUUUAGAACAAGGUUUCUUAGUAGAGAAGAUCUUAGAACACCUCGCUGCACCGCAACAACUACUAUACCAGCUUAUUGGUUGGCAGCCUGAAGGUGGAGCAUAUCAUAAAUAUAUUCAGUGUGUGGUUGCUCUGGUUCUGGUUCGUGUACUAUCUAACCUGUCUAUAUUUCUUUAUCAUUGUUGUAUGUACUUAGAUUUUACGAGUACCAAAACAUUGAUAUUGAUAUGAAAACGAAUCCAUAUAUUUCCAUUGUAUGUUCUUUUUCUGACUGUUUGGUAUUACUUGUGAUGUAGAUAGUUGGCU